AUGACGCGGCAGGUCCCUGUAGGUGCUUCUCUGGAGCCCCCGACCCUGAAGAUAUUCGAUAACUCGACGGACUCCCCGGGAUAUACGGAGCCGAGCUCGAUGGAACCAAAAGAGUCAGUCGCUACAGCGCCAGCAAAAGGGCUCCGCUUCUGGGCCAUCAUCAUCGCCCUGGCUGCCAGCAAACUUAUGCUGGCCCUCGAAACCACCAUUGUGACUACUGCCCUGCCGACCAUUGUGUACGCCCUCGAUAUGGGGUCGAGCUAUAUGUGGGUUUCCAGCGGGGCUGCGCUAGCAAGCGCAGCAAUGACCCCACCUCUAGGCCAGCUAUCCGACCUCUUUGGCCGCCGCUACCCCACUUGCCUAUGCGUGCUCCUCUUUAUCACCGGCGGGAUAAUCUCCGGCGCGGCAACCUCCGGCUCGCAGCUUAUCGCCGGACGCCUAGUCCAAGGCCUCGGCUCAGGCGGCGUUAAUGUCAUGUCGGCCAUCGUGGUUUCCGACCUCGUCCCAGUCCGGCAUCGGGGCAAGUACACUGCCGUCAUGCUGGCCGCUUAUCUGCUGGGCGCUGCGAGCGGCCCGUUGCUUGGGGGCGUGCUGGCCCAGUCCGGCGCUUGGAGGUGGGUGUUUUGGCUGCCCGUGCCGGUUGGGCUGGUGAGCUUUGUGGUCUUGGCUGUUUGUCUGAACGGUAGGGUCGGGGACACGAACUCGAGCCGCCGCGAGCGCUUCCGGUCCGUGGAUUAUGGCGGUAACGCCGUGCUGACGGCCGCGACCGGCGCCAUCUCGUACGCUGUCACCUACGGCGGAUCCGAAUACCCCUGGCAUGAUGCCCGGAUCGUCGCGGCGGUCGCCGCCGGGGUGCUGGGACUGGGACUUUUUUUGCUCCUGGAGCGACAUCUCGCGCGCAGUAACACGGUCAAGCCGGUCAUGCCUCUCCGCCUGCUAACCCACCGAGUAGGGGCUACCGUGGCGGCCGGGGGGUUCGUCAGCAGCCUGCUUAGCAACUGGGCCAGCUUUCUGCUGCCGACCUACUUCCAGGGCGUGCGCAUGUUGACGCCAUCCCGGGCCGGCGUGCUCAUGCUGCCCAUGGUUGCCGUCGCCGUCCCUGCAAGCAUUGCCUCCGUCAUCUUGGUUAGUAAGAUCGGGCGGUACAAGAUGCUUCACGUGUCCGGAUUCGCGGGGUUGUGCAUCGCGUGCGGGCUGUUUAGCAUUCUGGAUGAAGCUUCGGGAGACGCAGAGUGUAUAGCGAUGAAUGUUCUGUUCUCGCUCGCGCUGGGCAUGGUGAUUAAUACGUUAUUACCGGCCUUUCAAGGCGCGGUGGCGGAGAGCGACCAGGCGGUCGCCACGAGUACCUUCACAUUCGUGCAGAGCCUGGCGAAUAUCUGGGGUGUGACGAUCCCGGCCGCCAUAUUCAAUAGCAGGUUUGAAGCCCUUGCGCAUAGGGUAUCGGACGAGCAGGUCAGGGCGCAGUUGGGCGGCGGGAGGGCGUAUGGGUUCGCGACACGGUCGUUCUUGGAAGGUCUGCAAGGCACGGCGAGGGGUGAGGUUGUGCAAGUGUUUGGGAAAGUGGUUAGCUGCGUUUGGUAUGCCGCGUCCGGCGUCGCUGGUGUUGCGGCCUUGUUGGCGUGUGGGGAGGGGGAGGUUGUCUUGAGAGACAAGUUGGAGACGGAGUUUGGGCUGGAGAACCGUGGUGAGGUUGAUGUUCAUAAAUCAGCCUCCAAGUAG